GUAUGCUUCGCGCAGAGCAGCUUGUAUGGCUAUCCACCUUCCUGCAUCUUACGGUGUGCUUCAGACCACAGCGUAUCAUGGGAGGAGAGGAAACAACUAUCGACGAUUUUCCAUUUAUGGUGGGCUACGAGAGGUGGUGUUGGAUGGAGUGUGGAGCGACCAUCGUCAGAGAUGACUAUGCCAUGACUGCUGCCCAAUGCGUGCGUGGAAAUGAGAAAGGUGGUGAAAUAACGCUGCGUGUUGGCACAUCUUACCGUGAGAGUGGAGGAUAUGUGGUUACCGCGACGGACCUGGUCACACAUCCUGGAAGGCGGGCUCACGACAUCGCUCUUAUACGCUCGGAAAGAGUGUUCCCGAUGGGUAAAAAAGUGAAGGUGGUGACGCUGGGUAAAACAUAUUUAGUUGCCUACGUCCCGGGGACGAUUGUCGGAUGGGGCAAGCAAUCUGGCUACGACGACAGCCCACAGCAAAUGAGGAAGACGACCAUGCAAAUGGUGGCCAUAUCGGAGUGCAAAUAUGCGGCCGACUUCGACAUUGAGGCUAACCCAGAUAUAUUCUACUGUGCGCGCCCUGCAGAAGAAGGGAAUGACGCAUGCGCAGGUGACAGCGGGGGACCGUUUCUAGUCGACGGAAUACAGCACGGCAUCGUGUCGCGUGGACAGUGCACUGGCACAUUAGACGACCGACUUGUGUUCACUACUAUAUACCACUAUCUAGACUGGAUUGACACUAUUGCAGGUAACCUCACAGUAGAUGGAUGUUAAUCAUUCUUAUCAAACUUUGCUCAGGAGCGAUAUUUCUUCUCAAACGCUCCUUACUCUGGAGAAGUUGCAUACAAAAAACAAAGAGGUUAAUAAAGUAUGUGCUGUUUGAAAUAUGUUUUUCCACAUUUUUACAAUGGUAGUAUAUGACGUUUCUUUCUGUGAAGGUGGAAUAGAAAUUAGAUACAAUUUGGGAUCAAUAUACUACUUCUGCAAAUACUCUUCAAUUUUCACAUCGGAGUGUGUCUUGACUACAAACUAAAAUUAUGUUUAACAAAUGCGCUUCAGUUUCCUUAUCGGUUUGAAGUGUACCUAGAAUAUAGUAUCGAAUGUUCCAUACAUUAACACAUCAAAAUCUAAAAUUGUCAUCAAUG